AUGACCUCUGAAAUUCUUGGAGAAAGUAUUCCACCAAGUGAAAUUUCGCAUAAAAGUAUAGAAAGUGUUCUAGGAUUGGACGAGAUCUCCCCGGGUUCAAAGUAUCUACCAAAAUCGAAAUCUGAGGUUUCGAUUAAGCGAAAUACACCACAUUCUCAUUCUUCAAAUUCGAAGUCAAAUAAAUCAGAAGGCCACGAAGAUAUAUUUGCUCCGCAGAACCUGGCCAUGAUAAUAAUCAAAGCGAGGAACGGAAUGGACCGAUACGAAAGAAGAUACAAAAAUGAGUCAAGGAUAUUUGAUCUAACGAUAGCAAAAAUCGCAGAACUUGAUAAAAAUAGACCUUUUGGCAAUCCAUUGACCGAUCGUUUUGAACGAAGACACACAUAUCUUCGAAUUUCAAUAACAGAGCGAUGUAAUUUAAGAUGUACUUAUUGUAUGCCAACUGAUGGUGUUGACCUCACACCUUCCAACAAACUUCUAACUACCGAGGAAAUCAUACGAAUUGCAAAAAUAUUUGUCUCCCAAGGCGUUAAUAAGAUCAGGCUUACAGGCGGUGAACCUACUGUAAGAAGUGACAUUGUUGAAUUAGUUGGCGAAUUGGGGAGGUUAAAAUCACACGGUUUACAGACGAUCGCUAUGACUUCUAAUGGAAUAGCAUUGAAACGGAAAUUGUCCAAACUUGUUGAGAAUGGAUUGAAUCUGUUGAAUCUUAGUUUAGAUACUUUGGAUCCAUUCAAAUUUCAAUUGAUCACACGUAGAAAAGGCCUUGAAAGAGUUUUGGAAACAAUUGAUCAAGCUAUUGAAUUGGGCCUUAAACCUUUAAAAAUUAAUUCGGUGGUUAUAAGAGGAAUAAAUGAAAAUGAAGUAUUAGAUUUUAUAGAGUUGACGCGAAACAAACCUAUUUAUGUAAGGUUCAUUGAAUAUAUGCCAUUUAAUGCUAACAAAUGGAAUGAGAAAAAAUUUAUACCAUAUAAAGAGUUAUUGGAUAAUAUUAAAUCCAGAUAUCACACCAUUCGAAGGUUACCUGAUGAUUUAAAUGAUACUUCAAAGGCAUAUUGUAUACCUGGAUUUACUGGAAAAUUUGGAUUUAUUACUUCCAUGUCAGAUCAUUUUUGUGGAACAUGCAACCGAUUAAGAAUUACCGCAGAUGGCAACUUGAAGGUUUGUUUGUUUGGAAAUACAGAAGUAAACCUUCGGGAUUUAUUACGACAAAAUGUUUCUGAUCGAGAGCUAUUGGAAAUUGUUGAAGUGGCUGUUAAAAAUAAGAAAAAACAGCAUUCUGACGCAUUUGAAUUGGCUAGAACAAAAAACAGACCAAUGAUUCUAAUUGAGAUAUUAAAUAAGAUCGAUAAGCCAAGGACAAUUUAUUGUGGGUUAGAUCCAACAGCCAAAAGUUUACAUUUAGGAAAUUUAUUAACUUUAAUUGGAUUAUUACACUUUAACAUUUGUGGACAUCGCGGAGCAACAGGAUUAAUUGGAGAUCCGUCAGGUAGAAAAUCAGAAAGACAAACAUUACCAAUAUCAACAAUAAAAGAAAAUUUGGGAGGAAGUGAUCAAUGGGGAAAUAUUACAUCAGGGAUAGAUUUAAUUAAUAAAAAGAGAUCUGAGAAUAUUAAUAAUGUUGAUGUUUAUGUUGAUAAACAAUCAACUGCUUUUGGUUUAACAAUGCCUUUAUUAACAACUUCAUCUGGUGAAAAAUUUGGUAAAUCAGCUG